AUGGCAUCUUCAUCUUCUUCUCCUUCCGCUAUGGCCUAUUCUUCUCAGUUGUGGAAGUACCAUGUUUUUCUUAGUUUUAGAGGAGAAGAUACUCGUAAGACUUUUGUUGAUCAUCUCUACACGGCUCUUGUACAACAGGGGAUCUGCACUUACAAGGACGACGAAACGCUUCCUCGAGAUUCUUCAUGGUGCUUGAAGGAACUUGCAUAUAUUAUGAAAUGCAGGGAUACAAGAGGCCAAAUUGUUUUGCCCAUAUUUUAUGACAUGGAUCCCUCUGAAGUACGAAAGCAAACAGGGAAAUACGGAGAAGCAUUUGUGAAACAUGAGGUGGAGAACAAGACCAUUGUUGAAACCUGGAGAAAAGCACUUGUAGAUGCAAGUAAUAUCUCUGGAUGGGAACCCAGGAACAUAGCCAACGGGCAUGAAUCAGAAGGCAUCAAACAGAUUGUUGUCGAAAUUUCACACAAGGUGCAUGUAACUUCAAGUGCAAAUGAGAACCUGAUAGGAAUAGCUGUUCGCAUGCAAUGUUUGAAAUCAGAGUUACAAAUUGGGUCAGGUGGUGUGCUCAUGAUUGGAAUAUGGGGGGUUGGGGGUGGUGGUAAGUCUACUCUUGCCUCCUCAGUAUAUGGUGAAAUCUGUAGAGACUUUGAUGGUUGUUGCUUUGUUGAAAAUAUUCGAGAGGAAGCAAGAGUGAAGGUGUUGAUACAAAAGGCUCUCAUAACUGUUUCGGAAUACGGAGAGUUUGAUAUGCAUGAUCUGGUGCAAGAAAUGGGACACUACAUUGUUAGAGUGGAGCACCCUAAGAAUCCUGAAAAACGUAGUAGAGUUUGGGAGAAUGAAGAUGUUCGAAAAAUAAGUGCUAUGGAUGCAACAACGGAACUUGACAAGAUUGAAGCAAUAAAGGCUCGUUACGAUAGCUUGCUACUAAAAGAUCAAAAUCUUACUCCGAUUGUUGCAAACAUGAAGAACCUUCGGUAUAUUGAAUGGGAAUUAGGUGAUCCUGCAAAUCCAUUGUCAAAUAACUUUCCACCAAGGGAGCUCUGUUGUCUUAUAUUGUCUAGAGCCUUGCAGAAACAACUUUGGGAUGGUUGUAAGUUGCUGCCAAAUUUAAAGAUAAUGGAACUUUGGUGUUCUAACCUAAUCAUGACACCAGAUUUUGGUGGACUUCCAAAUCUUGAAAGAUUCAAACUCAAAGGAUCUUGGUAUUUAGAAGAAAUUCAUUCAUCGAUUGGAAGGUUGGAAAAGCUUGUUUCCUUAUGUAUUGAAGGUUGUGUACGUUUUAAGACGUUUCCACCCAUUAGCCGACUAAAGAAACUUGAGACCCUUUCCUUCUCAUACUGCCCCGAACUUUUUAAUCUCACAAUGAUCCAACAUCAAAACAUGGACAAUUUACCACAUCUUCACUUGGAUAAUAGUGGGAACAAAGUUGCGUCCCAUGGAAAAUCUUGGACAAACUCUUAUGUUACUUGGUUCAAGUGUUGUAGCAGCAGUCUUCCUGAAGUAGAAUGUUGUUUAGAGGAGCCUUCUUUACCUCACAACAACAUGAACCACAUAGGGUUUCAGUUUUUUCACCACUUGAAAGAACUUGGCCUAAGAAAGUUGGAUCUCAGCCGUUGUGAUUUGAGAAAUGAAGUCAUAGGCUCUGAUGUAUGGGUGUUACCCAACUUGCAAGAACUAAACCUUGCUGAAAAUAAGUUUUCACGAUUAAGUUUUCGUCACGUGCAAUUUCCUCGGCUCAAAUGGCUCAACGUGUCAUACUGCUAUGACCUUGUAGAAUUGUCAGAGCUGCCAUUAAGUAUAGCUGUUGUUAUAGCGGAUGGUUGUAGCUCACUUGAAACAUUUGGAGAUAUUUCAAACUGUAAAUGGUUGUGGAAAGUCUCAGUUCAGGGGGGAUACAAAUUAGGUCCACUUGGUAGUGACUUAUUACUAGACUCCAUUCUCCAGGGAAAUGCUAUACAAGAUCACUUUAUCAGUGUUACUCUUCAACAUAAGAUUCUAAAGGGGUUUGUAGGUAGGCUCUAUAGGGGGGACACAUUUACAAUGCGCCUUCCACAUGUUAGGAUGGACCCACAUACAAUGCGCAUUCGUCUUCCACAUGAUGGGUACAAUGACUUUUGUGGGUUCUUAAUACGUGUUGUUACCAGCGACAUGAAUGCGGAUAUAAGUAUAAUCAUUAAGCAGGAGCCAGAUGAAGAUCCUCCAUUUGAGCUUUGGCAGGAUUCUAAACAAGCAGGGGAGCCCAAAUAUGAUGGAGAUUUAAAGACAUACGUGGGAUAUGUUUCCUUUAAUUCAUUGAGACGAACCACAUUGUUGAAUUUAUCAUACGAUAGUAUUUCAUUUUCCAUAAAGAGGUAUUGGACUUCAUUUUCAGCUGAGCUCGUUUCUAGGAAAGGUAAAGAUGACCUCAUGCAAACAAGAAACGUCACAGCAGAUUGUUCAGAAUUUUGGGAUGAUGAAGAUGAUUAUAGAAAGACAUUCAGGAUUCAACAUGUUUCAAAGUCUUCUAUCAACAUUUUAUGGCGACCUUCGGACAAUAUUUAACAAGCCCACACAUAGAUCUCUAAAUUAUUUGCCAGUUCGUAGUCCACGCUCUUAAUGUUUUCUUGUAUGUUAUUAUUGUUUAAUUUAAUGAUCAGUAUUUUCAUUUACUUUUUUGGAUUUAUUGUGAAUGGAAUUCUUGGAAAAUGACAUUUCCAUGUGUCUCCCCUCCCUUGUUUCCCACUUUCCCCAUGAUUAGGUAUGUGGUUUUCCCUGUAUUCCCUAACUUGAUCAUUAUGAGUUUAUUGAUUGUGUUUGUUAUA